UUUUGUUUUGAAGUAUUAGCUGACACUAUUGUGUUUCGGUUUUCGUAUGUGUUAAACUAUAUUUAAAAGUUAAACGGAUCCAUCAUUUGUUUAAAGUUAAGAUUUUGUUAGCAGUCUUAAAAUCGAGAAAAUAUUUUGUGAAUUGCAAUUCACCGUUAAACAAUAUUUAAGUGUUGUUUAGCUUUGUUUAAAAUUUUUAACGAUUGGGGUAAAAUUGCACUAACAAAAUCUUUUAGUAUUAUAAGUAAUUCCUUAUAUUGUUCACUUUUGGAUAUUCAAAGGCAUAGAACAAGAAUGUUAUAGUGUAUUUAUGUGAUGAUGUCUAGUGAUGUUCUUACUUUAAGGAGAUGGUGGUGUUUGCGAAUAUAUUGUUGAUGUUUUGAGAACUGGUCAAUGGUGUUAAAAUGAACUUGUAUUUCUAGCUUAUGUACUAUUGUAUUCGUUAUGUAACUGGGGAUAGUUAUCUUCAUUCAAACAGAACUACAUUUUAGGAUGACUAUUAUUUUGGUAGUCGGCAUGUUUGUGUUUCGUGUACCUACUUCAAAGGAAAAUAUAAACACGAUUGGGAAGCACUAAUGAUUUGCUUAAAACGUAGCAAUUGUGAUUGUAAAGAGAGUAAGUAGACGUAGUUUCAAUACCAGGAAGAAAAUUCCUUGAUUUCAUGUAGCUAUGACGUCUAUGCUCCCGUUUACACCUCCGAUCGUGAAACGACUUUUGGGUUGGAAGAAAGGUGAAGGGGAAGAUAAGUGGAGUGAAAAAGCUGUGAAAAGUUUAGUUAAAAAACUUAAGAAAUCUGGUGGCUUGGACGAACUUGAAAAAUCCAUUACAACUCAAGACCCGACUACAAGGUGUAUUACGAUUCCCAGUUUGCGGGUGGAGAGAUCGCGGGCUACGCCUGGGGGGGCCCUAGUACCAGACACUGCGACCCACGGCAGCAGAUCUCUGGACGGCCGACUGCAGGUGUCCAGCCGGAAGGGCCUGCCACACGUCAUCUACUGCCGCCUUUGGCGCUGGCCAGAACUGCAGUCUCACCACGAGCUACGAGCCCUCGACAACUGCGAGUUUGCAUUCAACUUGAAGAGGGACGAGGUGUGCAUCAACCCGUACCACUACCAGCGCAUUGAGACUCCAGCUCUGCCUGCCAUCUUGGUGCCACGGCACCCGGGCGGCGGGGAGGACUCGAGCCCGCUGUUUGCCCCGAGCGUGCUGGACUGCAGCGACCUCAGCUCGUCCGUGCCGGACAACACCUCCUUCUCCGCCAACCUGCAGCAGCACCCGGGGAUCCUGGAACCACCCCGCCCCCUGCCCACCACCGAGACCCCGCCCCCUGGGUACAUGUCAGAGGAUGGAGACAAUGUCGACCACAACGACAACAUGAGCUUAUCCCGGCUGUCACCUAGCCCCCCGAUUGACGCCCAGCCCGUGAUGUAUUGCGAGCCAGCAUUCUGGUGUUCCAUCAGCUACUACGAGCUGAACACGAGGGUGGGAGAGACCUUCCACGCUUCACAACCAUCCAUCACUGUGGACGGCUUCACAGACCCGAGCAACUCGGAGCGGUUCUGCCUGGGGCUACUGUCGAACGUGAACAGGAACCCUGUCGUGGAGCAGACAAGGAGACACAUUGGCAAGGGAGUGCGCUUGUACUACAUCGGCGGCGAAGUGUUUGCCGAGUGCCUCAGUGACUCUUCGAUAUUCGUUCAGUCCCCCAACUGCAACCAGCGCUAUGGCUGGCAUCCUGCCACCGUUUGCAAGAUACCUCCAGGCUGUAACUUGAAGAUCUUCAACAACCAGGAGUUUGCAGCUCUCUUGUCGCAGUCUGUGAGUCAAGGUUUCGAAGCAGUUUAUCAGCUCACCAGAAUGUGCACUAUUCGAAUGAGCUUCGUCAAAGGCUGGGGUGCAGAGUACAGGAGACAGACGGUGACAUCGACACCGUGUUGGAUAGAGCUGCACCUGAACGGGCCGCUGCAGUGGCUGGACCGUGUGUUGACGCAGAUGGGCUCCCCCCGCCUCCCCUGCAGCUCCAUGUCCUGAGCUGCCCCGCCCCACCUCGAUUCCUCUUUCGUCUCGUGUCUCACCGAGGUAGCUUUUCUUCAGUCAUAGGGAGUGCAGUUUUAUUUCGACCAUCGUCGUUAGCUAUGAACUGUGAGUAUCUCUGGAUGCGUUCAGACUUUGUUGUAGAAUUUUUCAGCUUGUUCCUUAGUUUGAGUUUUAGAAUGUUUAGAUUUUAUUAAGAUACUGUGCCAAUCAAGUAGUGUUAAGUGUCCGGCUGACUCUCCUACGUCAGUAUGGUUGGUGUCCGACGAUCGCAGCUCUGAUUUUUUUUGUAAACUGUUCUAAAUGUAAAUACAAUAAAUUUCUCUUUUUCAGAUUUAUAGAAA